CGGAACGUCAUUUGAACUCCGGUCAUCAUCAGACGCUUUUCAGCGCCCGUGGGCACGGCUGGCUGAAAGACACACAUGCGCCAGUCCUUGACUAAGGAUCAUACCAACGACCCAAAUACCCCGUGGUCCCAAAUCACCGUCUGUUAGAGCGCGUUUUUCCAUUUCUUCUGCGGAGAAACGGUUUGACAACUAUUCGAAACUUCCAUGAUGCUUGGAGCAGUUAAAAUGGAAGGACACGAACACACAGACUGGAGCACCUACUACGGAGAGCCCGAGGUGGGUACCUUAAAUAUUUUUUUCGUCUACAACCGAUCCCAUUUUACACAACUCAAUAUUAGCCCAGAGAUAAUAUUAACUUUGUGAUCAAAUAUUGACUUGAGGCGCCUCCAAAUCCAGCCCCAUCUCUACGCACGACACUAUCCUAACGAAGUUGUGCUUGACAUGUAGGGGAAACUUUUUACUCAGAUUGUAAUUCCAUAUGUCUACAUUUAUCGUUACAAAAUCAUAUAUAGUUGUGUAAUUUUACCCAUUGAGCAAACAUUUGUUUUAACCUAUUUCAUUGGUGAACGAUUAAUUCAAAUAUUUGUGUUGCAAAUUCUAUAAUAUUGUCCACACAUAUUACACACUAGAACAAUUUAAUCAAUUUUCUAUUAGUAUUUAAGGUGAUUAGCUGACGUAAGACAUGGUGACAAUUCUUCGUUUUUACUUGCUUGAUGUAGGCUAGAAAUGUAGACUAUUGAUCACAUCAUGUGAAAUUAUAUUUCUGUCAAGCAAUUUGCCUUACCAAAUUUUGCCUUGCAUUUCAGAAGAUGUGAACUGCACUGGGAUUGCUUGCUUUAACAUCAAUUUCGAUCAUUUAUAUUUACAAUUUGUAAUAUACUGAUUAUCAUAGUAUUGUUGGUUGUUAUUAUUAUUGCUGAUAUUAUUGUUAUUAUGUUAUUAUCAUGGCUUUUAUUUGGUCUACUACACAUGAAUACUAUCAACCCUUCCGAAAAUCUCAAACAGGUUAACAAUCCUUGUUUUCUGUCUUGUUUUCCAGUGUUACACCUCGGUUGGCAACAUGAACACAGGCCUGGGCAUGAACUCAAUGAACACCUACAUGAGCAUGUCGGGCAUGAGCACCACGGCCAACAUGACAGCCAACUCCAUGAACAUGUCCUAUGUCAACACGGCCAUGAGCCCCUCCAUGACCGGCAUGUCACCGGGCACCGGAGCCAUGAACAGCAUGGGCGCGGGCAUGACAGCCAUGAGCGCCGCGCUCAGUCCCAGCAUGAGCCCCAUGACCGCGCAGCCUCCGUCCAUGAACUCCCUUACGUCCUACGCCAACAUGAACGCCAUGAGCCCCAUGUAUGGACAGUCCAGCAUCAACAGAUCUAGGGACCCCAAGACAUACCGGAGAAGCUACACUCACGCCAAGCCCCCAUACUCUUACAUUUCCCUCAUCACUAUGGCUAUCCAACAGUCCCCCAGCAAGAUGCUGACGCUGGCCGAGGUCUAUCAGUGGAUCAUGGAUCUUUUCCCGUUUUACCGACAGAACCAGCAACGCUGGCAGAACUCAAUUCGCCACUCUCUAUCCUUCAAUGAUUGUUUCCUCAAGGUGCCUAGAUCUCCGGAUAAGCCCGGCAAGGGCUCGUUUUGGACACUCCACCCGGAUUCGGGGAACAUGUUCGAGAACGGCUGCUAUCUGAGGAGGCAGAAGCGGUUUAAGUGUGACGGCCAAAAGAAGAUGUGCAAGGAUUCAGGCAGGAAGACAUCGGAGGGCGGCUCUAACAGCAGCUCGGAGAGUUGCAACGGCAACGAGUCCCCCCAUUCCAACUCGUCCCCGAACGACCACAAAAGGUCUCUGUCAGACAUGAAGUCGAUCCAGGCUAUGAGUCCGGAGCACGCCGCCUCACCGGUGUCCCACUCCCAGGUGCAUGGGCACCUCAUGUCCCAGCAUCACUCGGUCCUCGCACACGAAGCGCACCUGAAACCCGAGCAUCACUACUCGUUCAACCACCCCUUCUCCAUCAAUAACCUCAUGUCCUCUGAGCAACAGCAUCACAAAAUGGACCUAAAGACUUACGAGCAGGUGAUGCACUAUUCCGGCUACGGUUCCCCCAUGGCCGGGGCGCUGUCCAUGGGUUCAAUGGGAAAAGUAGGCUUGGAUUCCUCGUCAAUACCCACUGACGCAUCUUACUAUCAAGGCGUCUACUCCAGGCCUAUUAUGAACUCCUCAUAAACUGGCGCCAAACAUAAAAUGGACCCUUUCCAGCAAUUUGUACAUUUGUAAAAUUAUAGUUUGUGCAUGUAGGACUAUUCCAGAUAUUUUUGACGUUUCCCACUGAUUUAGUUGUCAAGUUGGUUUAGUAAUUAUUUUGUAAAGGGAUGUUAAUAAUAAUGUGACAAAAUCUGUUCAAAAGGCGGCGUUGAGAAUGGACCAAAAGACAAUAAGCCUAGUGUAAAAUGCAUCUGUAUAGGCCCUACCUACCGGGAUUCUUAAAUGAAUUUAAAUGCAUCGUGGGAGACUGAAGUUCUUCAAUCAUUUGUGUAAUUCUUAUUUAUGGCUUGUAAAUGUGUGUUCUUGUAGUUGACUACAAGAACAGAAUCUAUAUUAAAGUGUUAUUUGGAUUUUUUUCUGAACACAAUUGAUUGAUUUAUUAUUUACACAGUUGGCCUAAGCCUAUUACGCAUCAAUAAAAUAACAG